GUAAAGUAGCGGGCGAACGAUGUGCAGGCAUUCGAAUCGCGGGAACUGCUACACUAAGUUUCCUCCAGACGGAACUGCAGUAAAAUAGAAUCUCUGUUACAGAUACUGCAGGCCAAAUGAGACCAGAUCAACGGGGCGCCUCUGGUGCGCCGAUCGCCUUGGAAAGUCAAUGCAUUCGCAGAAUCCUUUAGAUUUUUAAUGCUAUAAACAAUCGACGUCUUAACAACGAUGUGUUAGUAUCAAGCUCUUGUCCUUGACACGGCGAAACCGGACAAGGCUAACUGGCCUAAUAUUGUUAUUUGCAUCGACUAUGUGCAUAUCGUGAACGACACACCAGGCUCAGGUCAACUAUUUGCUAGUUUGUGACUAAUUACGAGCCCUUGUCACCGUCUUCAGUAAGCGACUUUUGACCCGAUGUCCUCAACGGCUGGGAUUCGCCUCAUGGCUUACAGCUCAUCAAAUGACCACUAGGUUAGAAAAUAUCCGUGCCAGUCGAAGAGCCUUAUUGGUUACCGCAUAUCAAGCGAAAUCAUACACGGUAGGAGACUGGCUUCUGGUGUACGUUUAUCUGUCAACAGCAGCGAUCAUGAAGUUUAUCGGAAGAGGCGGCGCCCCAGGGGAAAAGCCAGGAGGAAAGCCGAAUAAAGAAAAAAAGAAAAAAGCGUCUGCGAAGGCAUCGCCGAACAAGGAGGAUUUUGAUUUUGUCGUCGAAACCAAAGCAGUACUACCAAGUAAACUGUCCGUAGAAACCAAAAAUAGUUCGGAAGACGAGGAGGUCAGUAAACGUGAGCAGCCUCCUGCUGAGGAGAAAAAACUAUCUGAGCCUAAGAAAAAAACAAAAUCUAUAAGACCCAUGCGGCGUGAGUCAUAUGACAAGCUUCCAAUUCGAGAUUAUUCAAUAUGUCUCUUACCGGCGAUUUUUCCGCCGUUACCCUCUUUUGAACCGCCGGAUAAGAGUCCACAGACGACUCCGAAAUCGAAGCGGUCUGUCCGUCGCUCUGUGCGUCGAUCGCUCAUCAUCAAAUUCGCAAGGCGGUCGGCAGCUAAGUCGGACAAGCCUGUUGUAAAGGUGGCCAAGUCUGCCAAGGUGGCCAAGUCUGCCAAGGUGGCCAAGUCUGCCAAGGUGGCCAAGUCUGCCAAGUCGGCCAAGUCGGCCAAGGUGGCCAAGUCGGCCAAGGUGGCCAAGUCGGCCAAGGUGGCAGUACCUGCGGCACUGGGAACGUCAUCUCAGGUGAAGGUCGUACUAACGGAGCAAGUACCAGCUAAGGAGCCGGUAACGUUAGACGAACCAGCAAAACCGAUAGAGUCGGUACAGCAACCUCAAUCGCCUACUUCAGCUUCCACUGAACUGACAGAAUUACUCAUCCAGCCAUUGAAGGCGCACAUCGACGAGUUACCUUCCGAUCAAUCGAUUACGGCAUCACCUGACUCACCACCCCAAGUGUCUACGGAGAGUUCAUCCCAGUCCGGUGAAGCAGCAGAAGCAAUACUUAUAGAGCCUGCAAGUACGAAGGAAUCGCCUCCAGCUCCGCCUCCUGUUAUUCCUAAGGGUCAGAAAGGGCUUGGGCCGAUUACGAAAGGCGUAACGGCACCCAAAGGUUCGGAAGAGAAGAAAGAGGACACACCCUCAUUAAAAAAGAAAGCCCUAGUAUCACCGGGCAAAAAACAUGUGAAAAGUAAAGGUCCGAAGAUCGUCGUUCUUCAAGUUACUCGCGCGCUUUUCACUUUCCCGGGUUACCCCCUGACUAAGAUACGACGUCAGGCCGAUUUUGGUAACGCUGAUACAUUUUCGUCUGGUUAAGUUGUGACUCUAGCCCUGAAUGAGAUUCACGGUAAAAUCAAGCCAAAAUAGCUGUGCGUCUAUAAAAUGUUGUGAAAAUGUUACCUAUCAUUCUAAUUCAUACCGAGAACGAGAAAAAAAUUAUCUUCUUCGCGAUGAACAGUAGUUGCAAGACCAAUCGAAGAUAAACAAAUCAUUAUUACUACUUUACGCUUGCGGCUAAACAGACGACAUUGAUUUAUGAAGAAUCAUGUGUUAACCAGUGGUAACAUUGUGUCAAUUUAUGUGAAGCAUUAGAAGGACGUGUUUAACCGAGGAAGCCUAUCUUGGCCGUAGGUCUUCGUUCUUUUAAAUGGAAUAGAUUUAAAAUGGCGGACCUCUGGAAGGGAACGCUUGGUAAUCCACAUGAAGGUUUUGGCUACCUACGAGUGUGAACUGGUUGA